AUGGCCCGAGAGGGCCGCGACGCCCUCUCCUCGUCGGUUUCGGCGCGAGUUGUGGCCUGCGAGGGUGUUGGGAGCCCUUGGACCCCCCCCUCCCCUCCAACCGUAGUUAGGGAGGGCUUUGAUGAGGAUCGCAACCCUCGUUUGCGAUCGACUUGUAAUUAUAUCUUCGACAUUAGUUUUAAUAAGAAAAGUAGGAAAGGCUCGCGAGAAGGUUUUGCGCAUUCAAGUUCUAAGCGGCGUUUCCGCAAAUACAGAGAGGGCGCUUCUUGCAAAAUACACAGCGCCAUGAGCUCUCCAUCCUCACCUUCUCGCUCCCGCGCCAACAACGACGACGGCAACAAGAAUGGCGACGAGAGGCCGAGGUUCUUCAGCUCCAAAGCGAAGAGCAAGUGCUGGGCGGCCGCCGCCGUCGUCCCCGGCAGGCACCCCGAACGGUGGCGCCAGGACGCCGCCGGCAAUGUCGUAUGCAAGCGCUUCUGCAACUGCCAGGGCUGCCUCUGCUUCGAGUACGACCACAUCGUCCCCUUCUCUAAAGGCGGUGAGUCCACUGCUGAGAAUUGCCAGAUUCUUCAGACGAGGGUGAACAGGUUCAAGUCGGACAAAGAACUGGUGGAUGCGACUCAACUCAAAGGCUACUCUUGUGACGUCCAAUUUACAGAUAAAGAGCUUGACAUAAUCGAGAUGGCUGUUUAUGGGGAUGUAAUCCGGCCAGGAAACCAAUGCAGGUGUAGAACUGUUGCAGAAAUGCUGGGUGCAUACAGGUCGAAAGAUCCCAAGGCUGCUUGCAAGCUUCCGUACUCGAAUGAGACGAUGUAGCAGAAGAAUAUUGAAGCCCUUCUCAAUUGAGUGGGGCAUCGGAAGGAAUACCAUAUUGUUUGCAGACAUUUGCACCGACCAGAUUGACGAAAGAUAAUGCUUUGAUGAGCUGUUGAUUGGAAUGAUACGAUUAAGUUGGCUGCAAAAUAUAACUUAUGCCUUCUCUACGCUUAGAUA